AUGUUUUCUGCCCGCCAAGAUGCUCCGUCCCCGGUGGAUAGGUACGCAUGCCCAGACGCCGCCGAGACCGCCCAGAGUGCGAUCCCCGAAUCAAAAACCAUAUUAGGCUCUUGGCCAGCGGGACCCCCCGACACAGAAGACAGCCACAAAAAAGCUGGUUUUGACCAAUUGAAAAUUGACAAUCGAGCACGUUGCUCAAUUAACUGGUUCUGA